GGCCAUGUUCCAAACGCAGCCCCCUCGCCCCGAGUUUACACAAUAUUUUGCAGAUCAGAAUGGAGUCGUCGGGUUGCGAUAUUAAUCAGCGGGACGUGCUGGGGUGGUGAGUAGCGGGUAUCUGGCAGGACAGCUGAACCUGGCUUUUCCAGCCGAGCAUGCAGAAAGGUUGGCUCUUGUUUCCCUUGAAUCAAACGAUAAAUCAAGAGCUUCGGCACGCUACCUUUGGCAACACACCUGGAGAAGGGCGAGGGCUCGCUCGGGUUCUCCAGAGAAAACGAUGCCCCUUCCCGCAUUUCUGAGGCCCGGGUGACAUUUUUAAAUAGCCCCCACCCUGGGUUUUUUGUUGUUGUUCAAAGACAAAGCCCAGUGGAUGAUCGCUGUACAGAAGAAAGCAGACAAGGGCGACCAGACCUCGCUCCUAAGUAAUGCCUCUUAGCAGCACUACGGGACUCUCGGACAGUCCGCGGCUCAGACGAGAUCUGCCCAGGUCUUCGCAGCUAGAUUUGAUCUGGAGUUAAACAGUCGCGUGCCCCCCCAGCUCCUCCAACAAGUCCCAUUUAACAGAGACAAACAGCCAGGAAGGCUUCGCAGCGCGGCGCCCGCGGCGCCUGGCCGCCAGACUGAAGCUGGCGGUCCCGGCAGCCUCUCGCUUCUCCCCCUUGUAAGUUUCCUGCGACGUGGAUCCAGUCGGGUCCCAGCCAGCGGCGACUCCCUUCCCGCACGCUGGAUUGACGGCGGCACCUGUUUCCACGGGACACCUACGCGCGAUAUGGAGAGGCGACGCGAAAGGGACCCCUGGUUCCUAGGAGGCUGCCAGCCACUGUAGGUUUACAUGGAGCAUCCCUGGCUGCGUUCGGACCCUACAGCAGCUGGUGAGAGCUCUGCUUCUUCUGUAAAGUGGAUGUCAGGUGGAUCUAUGGUCUUGAAGGAACAAAGAGCAAACGAAGGAAAAGCCGUGGAAGUUUGAGCUGGGAGGAUGCAGGCUGUAUAUUGGUACGCCGUGCUUCUGCUGCAGCCUACUCUCUACCUGGUCACAUGUGCAAAUUUAACAAAUGGUGGCAAAUCAGAACUUCUAAAAUCAGGCAACUCCAAAUCCACACUAAAGCACAUAUGGACAGAAAGCAGCAAAGACUUGUCCAUCAGCCGAUUGCUAUCACAGACUUUUCAUGGCAAAGAAAAUGAUACAGAUUUGGACCUGCGAUAUGAUGCCCCAGAAACGUAUUCUGAGCAAGAUCUCUGGGAUUGGCUGAGGAACUCCACAGAUCUUCAAGAGCCUCGACCCAGAGCAAAGAGACGGCCUAUUGUCAAGACUGGGAAAUUUAAGAAAAUGUUUGGCUGGGGCGACUUUCAUUCGAACAUCAAAACUGUGAAGUUAAACCUUUUAAUAACUGGGAAAAUUGUUGAUCAUGGCAAUGGGACGUUUAGCGUUUAUUUCAGGCACAAUUCCACUGGCCAAGGGAAUGUAUCUGUGAGCCUGGUGCCCCCAACCAAAAUAGUGGAAUUUGACUUGGCACAACAAACAGUGAUUGAUGCCAAAGAUUCCAAGUCCUUUAACUGUCGCAUCGAAUAUGAAAAGGUUGACAAGGCCACCAAGAACACACUCUGCAACUAUGACCCUUCAAAAACAUGUUAUCAGGAGCAGACCCAAAGUCAUGUGUCAUGGCUCUGCUCCAAGCCCUUUAAAGUAAUCUGUAUUUACAUUUCCUUUUAUAGUACAGAUUAUAAACUAGUACAGAAGGUGUGUCCUGAUUACAACUACCACAGUGACACGCCCUACUUCCCUUCAGGUUGAGAAUGAACAUGUGUCUGAGACUGAAGCCUGAGGAAUAAAAGAGGUCAUAUGACAGGGCUGUUACCUCAAAGAAGAAGGCCACCCCUAUUGCCUGGAAUGUGUCUACACUCUGCUGCUGCUGUCAAAUGGCUGCAAACAUGUUAGUGGAAAACAAUCUAAUGUAAUCUCUGCCCAGUCAGCUCCAUGUAUCAGUCUAGUUGUAAAUCACUAUGGAUUCGAAUAAAACCACACAGGCACACACUCUUUUCAGCUCACACCUAUUAAGAUUCCUGUUAACAGGGCUUUCUUUGUCUGAUACAUAAUGUUUCAGGAUAACCUAUCAUCAAGCCAAAAGGAUUAACUAGACAGAGAAUGGUUUCUAACACAAACUGUUAUGGAAAUCUCCUUUAAAGUCUUGAAUACAUGCCAAUCAAUAAUUCCCACUCAUGCAUUCUACUGCUUAGACUAGCUGUACUGGUAAAUAAUACUAUAGGAGUAAAUGCUUGUUAAAAUGGGGAAAAAUGUGUGUCUAGAGUUCAGUAUUCCUUAUUAUAUGAACACAGCAAAGCAUAGUGACUUUUUUUCCAGCAUACAGUAGGCACAUUCAAGGUGGCAUUAGGUGGCUCUUUUUCUGUGGAGGGAGCCUAUUACUAGUAAAGAUGAGCAGACGUUUGGAAUUUACAUGUGGGCAGACUUUAUGGUCUCAUAUUUCUUCACUGAACAUUUAAAUUGGCAGAGUUGAGACCAGCUGAGCUACUUAAAAACUCUCCAACUGUUCUGCAAGAAGGAAAAUGUCUGAUAGACAACAUGUAAGUUAUAAGUGGCUGUCUUAUCUUUAUUUCAAAUAUUGUAACAAAUUCAAUAUCCUAGUCUUCAUUUGUAUGAAUGGUUUGUAUUGUACAUAGUUUAACCAGUGUUAUUUGAGCUGCUUAUUAAUAUUAACUUGUAAUUGUCUCUCUGCUUGUUAUUGGUUAAAAACAAUCAAGGAAAUGAGGAAUCCAUUUUAUCAAUGUAGCUGUAAACUCCAUUAAAAAGACAGAAUUACGUGCAAAGCAUUUAUUCAGCUAAAGUAUUGUUGAGAGCUAUACAUAUAAACAUUACAGUCUGUCUGUAUUUAGAUAUUUUAUUUCCAGACAAAAAGUGAACUGUACAUAGAAAUAAAAUACUUAAAGUUGAGUUUCAA